AUGGUGCGCCUUUCCCAGCUGCCGUGUGGCCUCGCCAUUACCCUAGCCAUGGGGCAAGGCGUCUCGGCCACUCCCGUUGUCAAUAUUGGCAUGAAGGCAGCUUUUCCAGCUGGCCCAUAUCUCCUCGAGCUUCUCGAGACUGCGGCUGCCGAGAACUCGUCCGCGUAUUUUCCCAUGCUCGACAGAAUAUCCAUGGGUAUUUUUUCCUCAGCUGUUACCGAGGCCCAGAUGUACACAUCUUUCAUCAGUGUCCUACAUGCCGAUCGUCACAUAACCGACCACGAGGCGCUGUCGACCUUUAACUGGGCACUCUCCCUCCGAACGGCUUCGCCCCGUAUCGAAGCCCACUACCAAUACUAUGAGAGCUCCGUUGAGCCCAUUGCCGGCGAUGUGGAAGACUGCCUCAACUGGGUCCUUCUUGACGGCAACCGGUAUUGCAGUCCCGAUCUGCUCAAGCCCGCGAACAUAGGUGGCCAACUUCCCAGGGACAUAACCGAUGUGCCUUUUGAGAGGUCAUUGGGCUCUGGAAAGAAAGCAAUUCUCUACGCGGACCCAACUUCACCAUCAUUCGGACCUUUCCACAGAGCACUGUCUGCAGCGGCCGAGAAGGGUGAGCUCAACUACCGCCUACGUUAUCGCAGAAGCCCAGGGUCCACGCUAAGCGCGUUGCCCGUCAGCGGCUACGCCGUUGAGCUCUCCCUCAAGAGGACUGAUUACAUCGUCAUCGACGAUCGCGAAGCCGAGCAGGAUGCCUCGCAAAAGUCAGGUUCUACGGACGUCGACCUGGACGACGAGGAAGAAGUGGCUGACUUGAGGCCGUUGUCGACGUCCGAAUUGGAAAGCCUUGGCUUGAAGGCAGCGUCCUUUGUCAUGCAACAUGACUAUCCUCUUGAGGCGCUGGUCAAGCUCACGCAGGAUCUUCCCAAGUUUACCACGUCGGUAGCCAAUCAUGAAAUUUCGGAAGACUUCCUUGGCGAACACCAGAAGAACCGGGGGAAGAUGAUUCCUCCGGGAAUCAACAACUUGUGGAUCAACGGUGUUAAGCUCAUUGAACGACAAAUAGACCCAUUUUCUCUUGUAGACAUGGUUCGCCGUGAACGCACGUUCCUCCAGGGAGUUCGCGAUCUUGGGUUUAGCGGAAAGCAGGCCUUGUCACUGCUGGGUCACAAUCACGUCGCAGCCGCCAAAUCGAACGCUGUAAGCCCCCGAUACGACUGGACAGAUCGACCAGAAGAAGGCAGCGUCAUCAUCUGGCUGAAUGACCUCGAGAAUGAUGCCCAAUAUGCCGAGUUUCCAAGCUCAUUGAAUGCUCUUCUUCAACGCAUGUAUCCGGGCCAACUUCCCCCUAUCCGCCGAAAUAUUUUCAAUCUCGUCUUUCCUGUAGAUUUGUCAGACCCUGAUGAUUUGGCUGCCCUUUCGCAAACCAUGGCACUGGUGACACGCAAGAUUCCAAUCCGGUUUGGUUUCGUUCCCUUGGUGUCGAACCCCAAAGCUUCUACUCAAGCGAAAAUAGCAUAUCAUCUGACGCAAGAUUACGGUUUUCGGGCUUUGAUUGAUUACUUGGGUGAGCUUCAAGAGUCGUCUACGGAUGCCAGUGAGAAACUUCUCGCGGCAACAGUGGAGGAGCAUACCCUGAAACCUAAUGCGUCGAAGAAGAGCUGGAGUACUGUCAUGGGUAGUGACCACUAUCUGCAUCAAGUAGAUCUUGCGCAACAAUGGGCACGCAGGUUGGGAGCCGGUACCUCGAAUCGCAUAGUCUUCGUGGACGGUACUGUAUUGCCAAGGGACAAGACAUGGAUGCAGUCAGUGAGCAUGAAAAUCACUGAGGAUCUCCAGUUGGUUCAGAAGGCAAUCUUCAAAUCACAAAUCGACGAAGAUACAUGGGUGCCCGGUAUCUUCCUUGAACAAGCUUCUUCAUCGAGGAAUGUCUACAUCACUCCCGAGAAUGAGAAGGCCCUCAAGGUCCUCAAUGUCAACAAAAUCUACAGCGACUUCUCCGGAUUGUUCGAUGCAGUUCCUGUUCUGCAAGGCUCUGCCGAAUCCGCCAAGGAGACGUGGGCCAUACUCACCGUCAUUGCAGACCUCGAGUCCUCAAGCGGCCGUGAGCUCCUCUUGGAGGCCCUGAAAUUCAAGCACAACCGCCCUGGUGUAAGGCUAGAUAUUAUACCUAACCCGCAAUCGAGCGGUUCUGCCUUCGGGUUGAACACUGCCCUGCGUUCAAACCUGCAGAAAUUGCAAGACCUGUCAACCCUGGCUGAGCUUGAUUCAAUUCUCGAAGCGAAACCAGACUCUCAUGACAACAAUCCUGGAUUCAGAGCUUCGCUGGAUAACUUUCUGUCAUCAAACAAUCUUGCACAUGGAUCUCAGGUUCUCUUAUUGAACGGCCGCGUGGUUGGUCCCAUACCGCCAGAUGAAGCAUUCAAGGAGGCUAGCUUCCAAGAACUCUUCAAGUUUGAAUACGUGAACCGCAUCAAGCCCGUCUAUGAGGCUUUGGAGGCUUUGGGUCUUUCUCAAAAGAUCACUGAUCCUACUUCAGCGGCCAAGGUCACUUCCCUCACGGCUCUGUCCACCAUCUCGGACCUCCCUGAUGGUAUCUUUGAAUCGACUUCCACUCUCCGAACAUCCGUUUAUGACGAUUGGGAAUCAAAGUACACAGCUAUCGAAACUGGUGAUCCCGAAUCCUCCAGCGUUCAUAUUGUUGGUCUGCUGAACCCGCUCAGUGAACAGGGCCAGCGGUGGGCGCCCAUUAUCAAGGUCCUUUCGGAACUGAAGGGAGUAUACGUGAAGCUCUUCUUGAACCCCAAGGAGAACAUUGCUGAGCUUCCUGUGAAGCGCUUCUUCCGCUACAUUUUACAAUCAGCCCCGUCAUUUAACGAGGACGGUAGUCUCAAGACUCCCAACGCGACAUUCAAGGGCUUGCCUUCUGAGGCCCUGUUGACCGCUGCUAUGCAUGUACCUCCGGCAUGGCUGGUGGCGCCAAAGGUUUCGGUGCAUGACCUUGACAACAUAAAGCUAAGCACAGUAAAGGGCGACGUCGAGGCCGUGUACGAGCUCGAGCAUAUUCUUAUCGAGGGCCACUCCCGGCAGACGACUGGGCCAUCGCCUAGGGGAGCCCAGCUCGUCCUCGGUACGGAUGCCGAACCGUUUCUCACAGACACUAUCAUCAUGGCCAAUCUGGGGUAUUUUCAGUUCAAGGCGAACCCUGGAUACUACAACAUCAGAUUGAAGGAGGGCCGAAGCUCUGAGAUAUACACCAUUGACAGCAUCGGCGCUCGAAGCUGGGAAGCCGUGCCCGGCGACGAAGGCACGUAUGUCUCGGUUAUGGACUUCCAGGGGACGACUCUUUACCCACGUCUCAAAAGACAGCGUGGGAUGGAUGAUGUGGAUGUUCUGGAAGAUUCUGAUGGAUCUGAGGACGGAAUCAUAUCUGCGGGUCUCAAGUUCGCUGGUAGUCUUUUCGGCAAGAAGAGAAGCGCCUCAGACAAGGAGCACGCCGAGAUCAACAUCUUCUCGGUGGCCAGUGGCCAUCUGUACGAGCGCAUGCUUAACAUCAUGAUGGUCUCUGUGAUGCGCAACACCAAGCAUACGGUCAAGUUUUGGUUCAUUGAGCAGUUCCUGUCGCCGUCGUUCAAAGAGUUCAUCCCGCACAUGGCCAAGGAGUACGGCUUCAGAUACGAAAUGGUUACAUUUAAGUGGCCGCACUGGCUGCGCCACCAGAGGGAAAAGCAGCGCGAGAUAUGGGGGUACAAGAUAUUGUUCCUGGACGUACUGUUCCCGCUAUCGUUGGACAAGGUCAUCUUUGUGGACGCAGAUCAGAUUGUGCGGACCGAUAUGAUUGACCUGGUCAACCACGAUCUCGAGGGAGCACCGUACGGUUUCGUGCCCAUGGGCGACUCGCGUACUGAGAUGGAGGGCUUCCGCUUUUGGAAACAAGGGUACUGGGCCAACUUCCUCCGUGGCCAACCGUACCACAUCUCGGCCCUGUAUGUGGUGGACCUGGGCCGGUUCCGCAAGCUGGCGGCAGGGGACAUUCUCCGGCAGCAGUACCACUCGCUAUCUGCGGACCCCAACAGCCUGUCCAACCUAGAUCAGGACCUGCCCAACAACAUGAUGUUCCGGAUCCCCAUCCACACGCUACCACAGGAGUGGCUGUGGUGCGAGACGUGGUGCAGCGACGAGGACCUCGCCACAGCCCGCACCAUUGACCUGUGCAACAACCCGCUGACGAAGGAGCCCAAGCUUGACAGGGCCAGGCGCCAGGUUCCCGAGUGGACGGUGUACGAUGAUGAGAUUGCCGCAUUGGCCAAGCGAAUCAGAGAGACGGUGGGCUCCGAAGUAGCUGCCCAUGUACACGACGUCCACACCAUGAGUCGACGACUGGACGAGCACAAGGAUCAGCAGGAGGGUGUGCAUACAAAGGAUGAGCUCUAG